AAAGAAAACUAAAUUACGAUCCUGACGCCAGGAAAGAAAACUUAGAGAAAGUUUACAAACUUUUCAUGGAACUUUGUAAACCCUCGGCAAAGGAUUUAGCAACAUUAUUCAAAUUGAAGGGAAUUUCGUUAGACGAGUUUGAAAAAUCAGGUUCAAAUGUAAAGAAAUUAAAAAGAGAUUUAAAAGAAAUGCUUUCUAACUCAUUGUACAAUGGAAAUGAAAAUGUCAUAAGAAGACUGGAAGAAAGAUGCGAUGCCGAUUUAAUAGAAUUUGCUAGAAAAAGAAAAGAAGUAUUGUUUGAGUUAAAAAAGUGGGAAACGGAGAUUAACACCAUGUCCGAGAUCUGUCCCGUUUUUGUCGAAAAUGACGUGGACUUAGAAGGUCCACCACAGAAUUUUAUAUAUAUAACAGAUUAUAAGGCCGGAGAUGGAAUCGAGAUUCCUGACGAUCCACUUGUCGGAUGUGAAUGUCACAAUUGUUACGAAAAUCAGAAAAAUUGUUGUUCUAUGCAAUCGGGAGGUAAAUUUGCUUAUACUAAGUAUGGUUAUCUAAAAGUGCCAAAAGGAACGCCAAUCUAUGAAUGCAAUAAAAGGUGUAAAUGUGGAGAUGACUGUUUGAAUCGUGUAGUGCAGAAAGGUAGAAAGAUAAAAUUAGCAAUUUUUCGCACACACGAUGGUCGUGGAUGGGGAGUGAAGUCACUGGAGAAAAUCAAAAAAGGAACAUUUAUUAUGGAAUAUGUUGGUGAGGUCAUUACAAGUGAAGAAGCAGAAAGGAGGGGACAAAUUUAUGAUUCCGAGGGUCGUACUUAUUUAUUUGACUUGGAUUAUAAUGCCGACGAUUGUCCGUUUACCGUGGAUGCCGCAUUUUACGGAAACGUAUCGCAUUUCAUGAAUCACUCAUGUGACCCUAACUUAGCAGUGUAUGGUGUCUGGAUAAAUAAUUUGGAUCCAAGAUUGCCUCAUAUAGCAUUUUUUUCUCAGAGAGACAUAAAAAAGGGAGAAGAAUUAACUUUUGAUUAUCUUAUGACAAACUCUACAAGUGCAAUAACUUCCUCUCCAACUAAGAUGUCUAUGCCAUCUCCAGCAACCGAACAGGGAACCGAAAGUGCAGUCUCUGAUGAAUCGUCAUCUACCGUCAGAAAUGAGAACGGACUCUCGCCCUCCGAGUCUAACGAGACCAUUUUUGUGCCGUUCGAUGCGGAUGGCGACGAUCUGUCGCCGUCCAGCAAAUCAGAAUCACGUGUGGUUCCGUCGUCAUCGUCACCAUCGCCGUCGCCAUCCGCGGAGGGUUGUAAUUCUCCGACGACAAAUUUCCUCCCACUUCUUUCCCCGAGUAAAGUUUCACAGGUACAGGCUAGAAAAAGAAUAGUGUGCAAGUGCGGUGCCAAAAACUGUCGUGGCUACCUGUUUUAGAAUUUGCAUCAAAAAAAAAAAAAUCACUUUUAAUAAUUUAUUUUUAAAAACAUAUAUAGUGGAUGAAUAUUUUAUAAUCUUUUCCUUUUGUAUUUAACAUCAACAAUGUUAGAACAGGGAAAGAUUUUAAAUUUGUUAAAAAUAUGGAUAUGAAUGACCUUGUAAAAAGAAAAAUUCAAUAAAUCAAGUAUCAUUCAGGCGUGUAUCCACGUUUUAAUUGUCGAUUACAACAAAUCUGAAUACAUUUGCAUUUCACGAGAGCAUUCGAUUUUUUAAGAUCUUUUGAAGAAAGAAGCAAAUCAAAUUUGAAUACAUACUUUGAGUUAAAUGCCAAGAAAAAGUUGUUUCCAGAGAACGAAAACAUACCUAAAAAGAAUUUAAGUAUUAAAAGAAUUUAUUUAGAAAGAUCUGGGUUACGUUGUGUAUACACAUUUUCACUGUAUUAUAUAUUUUUUUAUUGUAUGUUUAUUGUUUACAAAGUUUAUUAAAUGUGUCAUUCAUAUAUUAUUUGUGGAAAACCAAACCGCCUUUUGGCAAAGUGGAAACAUCUUCCACCAUACAAUUUCCUUACAUAUUGGUAUACAUUGCAAAUGUACCAAUACCAUUACACAAUUUUUAAACAUUCGUACAAUUUGUUUCGAAUAUUUUUUCAUAUUUAAGAUAUUUAUUAAAUGCACACUUAUAUAAACACCCAAUUCCUAAAAUUUACACACGUGUAUAUGUUGAUUGUAGACACAAGAAAUUUAGCACGAUGAUGUAAUUAAUGCCAUUGAUGGCUAUAUAGAGAGUUGAUUAAUAAAAAUUUAAUCAAUUUAAUUCAGCAAUCAAAAAUUAUCUAUCAAUGAAAAUCAUUUUCAUUCUACUUUAAAAAUUGUUACAGUAUUCAAGCCCAAUAUACAGGAUUCACAAAGUCUUUCACAAUAGCCUAACAAUUGUAAAAAUAAAAAUAAAAAAAACUGAAGAACAAUAACGUAACUCGAGAGGAUUCUGUAUAGUAUUAGUUUGAGUACGCGCAAACUAACAUUUCCACACUCAUAAAUGCGUAAUUAUAUUGAAUUACCAGUUGUAAUUCAAAAAUGAAUACCAGGAUUUAGAAAGUUUUUGUAAGUUUUUUAAUACUGACACACAAAAAAAAAAGCUUACUAAUUUGACAUUUGGUUUUUGAUUAUUAAACUUGUUACAAAAGGAUUUAAUGAUAUAUACGUGAGAGUUAUUUAAAAAUCCUCCUGCUGCACUCAAAGAAAAUGUGAAAUAAGACAAAGAUGCAAGAUUUGACAAGAGCUAUUUACAGAUACAUUUAAUGUUAAAAACAUUAUGGAACAAAAAGAAAGAAGAAACUUAAAAUAGGAAGUUAAUAACCAAAUAAAGAACAAAAGGAAACUAGAUAAUGAAGAAGAAAUGUAAAAUGUGUCUUUGUACAUAAAAUUUUUUAGAAAUAAAUAGUUUUCAUCAACAAGCAGUUUUUGUUAAAAUACCAUUUGCAUUUAAUAGUAAAUUACAUAAAUAAAAAAAAACCUAAUUAUACAAACAUUUUUGUUAUGAAAAAAUAUGAUUUACUUACUUAUAUAUUUUUCAUCUAUAAAUCUGAUUAUGAUUUCAUUUGCAGGAAAAUCAUGAAAAUUUUUGCAUAAUUUCAUUAUUUUUUGAGGAUAUUCUAAUGUAUGAUUCUAUUUGCCAAUAAAUUUGGCUUGGUUUUCCCACAAUUUAUUUCAUUGUCAUUCUUUAGAUAAUAGAUUUUGUUACAUUACAUUGUAUUAAAAGAUAAAAAUAAUUUGUCUUUGUCUUUGUCUUCAGUUAGCUGUUUAUAGAAAUAAAUGUCAAUGUAUGUAACUUUGCAAUUUGUACAA